AUGUUCAGGAUUAUCAAAAAGCCGCGUACGUUACAGAAAAUGAAGGUUACUGUAGUGGAAAAAAACCGAGGCGGCACCGGCCAGUCGGCGAUGUGCCGAUGCCGAUCAUGCGCCGAUCGACAUCUGCGCCCAUACCUGAACCGAGGCAAACGGUGUCGCCGAGUCAAACCGAGUCUCGUUUUUGCUAAGUUCCGAAGUCGAGGUUUUAUUGCUCUUUGCCAAGUUUGCGCCGACGACGCCGAGCUUCGAAAACUACAACCAACGAAGUCACUUGCUACCAAGACCGAUCGUUGA